AACUGAAAAUGUAUUCUUCAAAUGAUAUGCUAAGAGGCUUGAGCAUUUUGUUGACAUUUCCAUGGCAACACGUUUUCAGCGUUACCUGUUGCAGGUGUUGGGCUAGUUGCAUUUCGUUUCAGGCAAAAGUAUAUUUAUCGCUCAAGCACCAUGAACACCCUCCUGUCCAGGGAUUCCCAAGUGAAGAUCAUGGAAACCACAGUGGGCCAUGCUGAGAAGUAUCUGGGCAGGUUCUGCACACUGAUGGCUUCCUACACUCGGAAAACAGCCAAACUCAGAGACAAGGCAGACCUGGUGGUUAAACAGCUUAGCGAUUUUGCCAAUACUGAGAAUCCUGAGCUGAGAACAUGUCUGAAGAACCUAGCUGAUGAUUUAGCCAUGGUGCAGGACUACAGACAGGCAGAGGUGGAGAGGCUGGAAACCAGGGUUGUCAUGCCACUGAAAGCUUAUGGAGACAUUAUCAAACAAAAACGGGCAGACAUGAAGAAGUUCAACAGUACUCGGAACCAUGAGAUGAAAGAACUGGAAAAACUGGAGAAGAUUAGGCUGAAAAACCCCUCAGACAGACAUGGGAUUUCCCAGGCUGAAGCCAGUGCCCAGAAAGCCUCAGCUGAAGCUUCCCGCAUCACACGUCAGCUUGAAGAAACCAUAAAUGACUUCCAGAAACAAAAAAUGGAAGACAUCAAGAAAAUUUUCUCAGACUUUCUAACCAUUGAAAUGCUUUUCCAUGCAAAAGCCCUGGAAGUUUACUCCAGCACUUUUCAAAACCUGGAAAACUUCGAUAUGGAGAAAGACUUGGAGACAUACAGAUCAAGGGUCCAUAUUUAUGACGGUACCGUUGAUUCCAUGGCUUUACCAACCAGUAGAUCCACUUCUUCAAUGCAACGCAGUCCAUGUCCAACCUGGAGGACCCCCCAGAGUACAUUGCGUAGACAGCAGGAAAUUGAGGAUGAGUAUGAAUCGGAAGAGGAAGAUGAUUUAGAGGACCUGGGUGAAGAAUACACACAGAUCAGAAGAUAAUAAUCUGAUAAUAUAUUGUUGUGGGAAAAGAACAAUUGCAUUUAAAUCUAUAGUUGCAUAUCUAGUUUAUAGUAUUAUUUGUAGUAUUAAUAAACACAAAAUAAUUUUUUUUUUAUCUGUAUUUGCAAUUAUUAUUUUGGUUAUAUAUAUACAGUAUAUCUUUUUUUUUUUUUUUUUUUUACAAUGAGACAGAUACAUUUCUACUCAGCUACCCAAUUAAUUGUAUGCUGCUCAAUGAUGCAACCUUGGUCCUAUGCUAUUGUAAUUCAAAUAUGUAGUGUGGAGGUUUCAUGAAAGCAUCAGGAACGUUGUUUUGUGUGUGUUUUACCAAUGCAGAAAGUCAAUAAAAGUGUUUUAUUUUUUAUGAA